AUGACUGCCGCGAAGAGUACAAUCGCUCAAACACACAGUGAUAAUUUAGAAACAUUUUCUCUUCUUUGGCUUGAUGCAGAAGUCAAUACAAAAGAAGAAAACAAGCAUGCCCAAAAACGACUUCGUUCAAUCAUUAAUCAUCUCAAAACAUUUCAUGAUCAAAAAGAAUGCCAACAAUAUAUUACAUCUUGUUCUGCACAAGAUCGACUUGUACUUAUUUGUAGUGGUCGAUUAAGCAAAGAAUUAAUUCCUCAGAUUCAUCAACUUCGACAACUCUCCGCUAUUUACAUCUAUUGUUGGGAUAAAAAAGCAUAUAAACAAUGGGCUAAACAAUUUAAUAAAAUAAAAGGUGUCAUUGUUAAACUUGACGAUCUCAUUCAUCAAAUCACGGUGGAUCAAAAAGAUCGAGGAAAACAAGAAGAACCAAUGUCUAUGAAUAUUUACAAUGUUCGUGGUAAUGCAGAUACAUCAACAACUGAACUCAAUGGUCAUUUUAUUCAUUCUCUACUAUUAAUCGAUGUUCUUAUUAAAAUGAAACCUAAUGAUGUUGACAAAAAGAAACUCAUUCAAGUUUGCAAAGAUGAAUAUAAUGACAACGAACCUCAACUAGCUGUUGUUUGUGAUUUUGAACGUGACUAUAAACCAAGAAAAGCUAUAUGGUGGUAUACACGUGAUGCAUUCUUAUAUAGCAUGUUAAAUAAAGCUUUGCGAAUACAGAAUACGGAAUUAUUAUUAUUAUUUCGUUUUGUAAUUCGUGAUAUUUAUGAACGACUAAAAAAAUAUCAAUGUCAAGAUCCAGUUCGUGUAUAUCGUUAUCAAGCUAUGUCUACUGAUGAAUUGAAUGCUCUUCAACAAUCGAUUGGUCAAUUCAUCUCGAUUAAUUCAUUUUUUUCAACUAGUGCUGAUCGUGAUGUAGCAUUAAGGUUUUCGAAGCGUUCGACCAUUUCGAAUGAUUUAUAUCCAAUAUUAUUUAUUAUUGAAGCUGAUCCUCGUAUAGUAAAAUCAAAACCAUUUGCUGAUAUCACUUCGCUCAGUUAUUUUAGUCACGAGAGUGAAAUAUUAUUUAUGGUUGGAUGUAUAUUUCGUUUGACAGAUAUUUAUCAUGAUGAUGAUGACAAAAUCUGGAUAAUUAAAAUGCAGUUAGCAGAAGAUAAUGAUCAUGAUUUGAAGAAGCUUUUCAAUCAAUUGAAGGCAGAUUUUGGAGUUGGUGAGAACGAAGCUGAUCUUCAAGCUUUUGGUAAUGUACUUCAACAUAUGGGAAAAUAUGAUUUAGCAGAGAAAAUAUAUUCUGGCCUGCACGAGCAAUGUUCUUCCGAUGACGCUUCAUUUUCUCGCUUAUGUGUCUCAUUUGGUAUGCUAUAUAAAGAAAGAAAGGAUUAUGAUCGUAGUCUACAAUGGUUUCAGAGAGCAUUGGAUAGAAAAAUUCGUACGCAACCAUCUGAUUUUGUCUAUAUCGGUGGUAUAUACUGUUGUAUUGGAAAUAUUCAUAUGGAAAAGAGUAACAAUAAUGAAGCAAUGAAAUAUUAUAAUACAGCAAUGGAUUACUAUAAGCACGCGAAUGUUACAAGUCAUCCAUAUGUAGCUUCUUUGUAUCAUGGUGUUGCCCGUAUUCACGGUGCUCAAAAGCAAUACACAGAAGCAUUGAACUAUUAUCAACGUUCAUUGGCUAUUCAAAAGGAGCAUUUACCUUCUAAUCAUCCUGAUAUGGCUAUAAAUUUUAUUGGUAUAGGUGAUGUUUAUCGUAGUGUUGGCAAGUAUCAGCUUGCCAUGGACAAUUACAAAACAUCACUCGAUAUUAGAAUGAAAUCACUACCUCCUCAACAUCAAGACAUUGCUUCGAGUAAUAGAAGCAUUGGUCUGUUAUAUGAGACAAUGAAUAAUUUGAAAGAAGCAUUAGAAUAUUAUAAAAAAGCAGCCACUAUCUAUCGUCAAUCAUUGUCGUCUGAACAUUCAGAUGUAAUUGGAAUUCAAAAUGACAUGCAACGUAUCAUGUCAAAACUGAAAUAA